UUGAAGGGAGGCCGCCCACACACUGCACUGGCAUAUAGGCAAGCAGGGCGAGGCAGCGGGGAUCUUGGCCAAUGCUGGCAUAUGCGGGCAUGCUGCGCAGAUGCAAGUGUGCUGCACUAAUGCAGAGCAGCGCUGCGCUAAGAAGAAGCAGGGCAGCGCUAGGCGGUAGGGCGCUGCCUGCUUGCAGAGCACUGGCGGCCAUAGCCGGGCCGCAAGAGGGUGUAGGGGAGUCCGAGCUGUCGAAUCUCCGACGGGCGGUGCAGAACCACAAGGAUCUGCACGAGGAUGCUACACGGGCACUUGAUUCCCGUGUACAGGACUUGGAGCAAGUGGCACCAAGACCAGAUGCUUGCGAGUCCAACAAUGCACCCUCUACCCGCCAAUUGGAGGAACGAGUUGACCACGUAGUCGCAAUGCUCGACGACAUCAGCACCGUCGCUGCACCAGCCACCAUCAGCAAGCAGCCGAACACCUUGAAGACCGAGGUUCAGCAACUGCACCAGCUGCCCAACAAGGAUGGCAACACCAUACCAGCUCCGUUUAUGGACGACGGAGUAGAGGUUGUCAACCUUCGCGACUACGUUGCGAAGAUCGACCGCGAGUUCAAGACACAACGGUACGACGACAUCGACGUGCCAUUGUUGUACAUACGCAUUCAGAUCGGAAAGGCGACCUGUGAGGCCAACAUCAACAUGCACAACUUCUCGUCGUUUAGCAAGAAGGCCCUAGACCUGGAAGCAAAGAUAGGGCAUGGACAGACACCCACGACGGAUGGUAGGAAAAAGUCACUGCCUCCCAACUGGAAAGCGAAGGGACGGAUCAUGUUCGUCGACAACGAUGGUUCUACCAUCGAAUUGGACGACGACUUCCAGUCGGGAGUGGGUUCAGAGGCUGGCAGCGUAGAAGCUUCAGGAGGUGGAGUAGUCGUUGUUGUAGCUCAAAAAGCCGCGUUCUAUAAUUAUUACAAGCAGAAUCCAGAGGAGGGUAUGCAUCUAGUGUAUGUCUCUGCAGCAGGCGAGCCGGUGAAAAUGCCGCCGGAGAUAGAGGGAGUAGUUGCCAAGUACCUUGAUCUAUUUGAAGAGCCAACAGGGGUUGUUGAGAGGGAGGUCGUCCACGCAAUAAAGAUUAUCCCAGGGUCUAGCAUCCCAAAGGGUAGGAUCUAUCGGAUGUCUCGAGGCGAGCUUGAUGAGCUUCACCGACAACUCAAGGAACUCGUAGAGAAGGGUUGGAUCCGGCCGAGUGUCUCUCCUUAUGGUUCUCCAGUCCUAUUUGUACCAAAGAAGGGGGGCACUCUGAGGAUGUGCAUUGACUAUAGGGGCCUCAAUGCCAUCACUGUCAAGAACCGAGAGCCCCUUCCGCGCAUCGAUGACUUGUUAGAUCGAGUGCAAGGGUGCCGGUACUUCAGUGAGAUAGAUUUGAAGUCCAGGUACCAUCAGAUUGCUAUACGGCCUGAGGAUCAGCACAAAACCGCAUUUCAGACCAGGUACGGUCUGUACGAGUUUGUGGUGAUGCCUUUCGGCCUUUGCAAUGCUCCUGGCACCUUUCAGCAUGCGAUGAAUCGGAUCUUUCAUGACUACUUGGACAAGUUUGUAAUCGUGUACCUCAAUGACAUACUUAUCUUUAGUAGGACUAUCGAAGAGCACGUAGCUCAUCUGGACAAAGUCCUUAGUCUCCUUCGACAGCACAAGUUCAAGAUCAACGGUGAGAAGUGUCAUUUUGGCCGCACCCGUAUCUUGUACUUGGGUCAUGAGGUAUUCGCGGAGGGAUUGAAGCCCGAUGACGUGAAGGUGGCCAACGUUCGUCAUUGGCCACGUCCUCAGUCUGUGACUGAAAUGAGGUCUUUCUUAGGGAUGACCGUCUACUACCAUAAUUUUGUUAAGAAUUAUAGCAUAAUGGCCGCCCCUUUGACUAACCUGACCCGCCUUGACACCCCAUGGGAGUGGACAGACAAGUGCGCGGCUGCUUUCAAACAUCUGAAGCAUGCGUUGACGCAUCAUGAGGUCUUGGAACUUCCUGAUCCUGACAAGCCGUUCAUAGUAACCACGGAUGCCAGUCAAUAUGGCAUUGGUGUCGUGCUAGCGCAGCUGGAGGGGCCAAAGUUGUGGCCAGUCGAGUACAUGUCAAAAAAGAUGCCCUCUCAGAAGUUGGCUAAGUCCACCUAUGAGAAGGAGCUCUACGUGAUUUACAAGGCACUGACCCAUUGGAGACAUUAUCUCCUUGGGAGCAAGACUCUGUGGGGCGUUAGCCCACCGAUUGCGGGAGCUCUGCCGGAACUCAGGAGGAGUUCUGGAGGCAGGGAACUGAGAGCAAAACGAACAUCUGUUGGCUCUUUCUGGGCUAGUAAGCGUCAGAAUGAAGAAAUAGAAGCUUUUGGGACUGGGAAACCUGGAAAAUCAGUGGGAGGAGGCGGAUCAUUCCAGAGCUCCACAGGUUCACCAGCUAACUCAUCUUCAUGCACACUCAGUAUUGAUAGAAGGCAGUUCCGAAAUGAGGUUGGAGACCUGGAUGUUGUUGACACAGAUGAAGAUACUGAUGCGGUGGCUUUGACUUCUGGAUGGAUAUCAGUCACACCUGUGGGUCUGUUGUCGACCUUGCCUGGAGGGUUGCCUGAUGCCGUGUCACGCUACAUCAAUGAAGCAGAGAAAAAACCCUUUCGAGCUCCAGAAACUUCGACUGAGAAAGUUGCUGUCGCCGAGAAGUCGUACAGAACAGUUGUCUGCCACGGGGACCAGUGCGUGAUGGUUAAGAGGCAAAAUGAUAACCAGGCUAAAUUAGGGUUGGAACUGAAUAAGCUGCUAGCAGGAAAAGUGGUGACACACAGGGCGCCUUCAUCAUCAUUGCAAUUGUCUUAAACAGGUCACUGUCUCUGUACCAGUCAGGAGUUACAAGUUCCAACAGAGUUGGAUUAUAAUGUUUCAUAUUGACCACAAAAAGGGGGAAUCUGAUGCCGGAAAGAACCGACAAAAUUUAAAUCCAAUACUCAUAACAGGGCUCUCUCUCUCACACACACACACAGUAAGGAGCUGGAAGAUUGAAUAGACCAGUACUUGACUACCUUCUUCGUCCAAGCAUAACGCCACGUCAUCAUGAGUAUACCCUAACCCAAUGAUGAUGGGACGUUAUGUUUGGGGAAAGAAGGUAGCUUUGGACCAGCAGGCUUCUCUUCAGCACAGAAAGGGAGAAUUUCUUCAGCACUUGGUCUCUGAUACAUGCACGUGAGGAAUCUUCAGCACUGGAGAGGAGGCCUCUCCAGUGGUUCCACUAUAACAUCAAUUUGAGUGCUAGAUCAGAUGUGUUGAGGUCAUGGGCACCGAUUGUGCACCGAUCAAGGUUCGAUAGGCCUUGGCAGAUUCCAUCAGACAAAUGAUGUGGUUGAUUGGUAGGUCUGGGCAGUAGAAGGCAACAAGCUCUGUGUUCUCUAGGAAUAUGAAGGGAUGAGGCUGCCGCAACCCUAUUGACGCCAUUAGUAACCAGAUCCUGUUGUCUGGUAUAUGGUUGAGAUUUCUGACCGUCUGGUCUACAUUGUGCUUAAAGCCUGUGGUUAUUCUGGCCCUGGCAAAUUUGACACCAUUCU